GAUGUCUUUCUUUUUUUUGUUGUUGUUGUUUUUAAUUCCCUAGAAAUAAAAGUAAAGGAGAGGGAAAGAUUGAGUAUCUUUGAGUCCUGAUACAAGGAAGUGCCUGUAGUCCAAAGACAAAGCAGUUGCUCAGUUGCCUAUCGUAGAGGGGGAGAAGCUAAUGUAAAUGCAGGUGACCAUGCAGAAUGCCGUUCAGGUGUGGUUUGGAGAUGACCUUCCCUUAAGUCCCCGAAGUCCUCUGACCCCCAGACAUGGCCCAGGCUUGGCAGAUGUGUGCCUGUAUGACCAGUGGAUAUCUGUGCAGCAUGAAGCAACUUUGGUGCCUAUGCAAGAAGAUCUGUCAAUCUGGCUGUCUGGCUUGCUAGGAAUUGAAGUCACAGCAGAACAUCUGCUAGAAGAACUUGAUAAUGGAGUACUACUCUGCCAAUUGGUUGGUGUUCUUCAAAAUACAAUUAAAAAAUGUUGUAGCUCAAAUAACUUAAGGAAUUUUCCAAUGAGAAAAGUUCCAUGUAAGAAGGAUGCUCCAUCAGGAUCUUUUUUUGCCAGAGAUAAUACAGCCAACUUUCUUAACUGGUGUAGGGCCAUUGGAGUUGAUGAAACUUACCUCUUUGAAUCUGAAGGUUUAGUUUUGCACAAGGAUCCAAGACAAGUGUAUCUUUGUUUGUUGGAAAUUGGACGCAUUGUAUCUAGGUAUGGAGUUGAACCUCCUGUGCUAGUAAAACUGGAGAAGGAAAUUGAGCUAGAAGAAACAUUGCUAAUGACCUCUGGACCAGCAUCACCUGUUAGCACAGCAAAGUCAUGUUGUCACCAUGGGGAACUACAUGAGGCAGUUAAACAUAUAGCAGAAGAUCCUCCUUGCAGUUGUUCCCAUCGAUUUUCAAUUGAAUACUUAUCUGAAGGACGUUAUAGACUGGGAGAUAAAAUACUUUUCAUACGAAUGCUACAUGGCAAGCAUGUGAUGGUACGUGUUGGUGGAGGCUGGGACACUCUUCAAGGUUUUCUGCUUAAAUACGAUCCCUGCCGAGUGCUUCAAUUUGCAACAUUGGAGCAGAAAAUCCUGGCAUUUCAGAAAGGUGUCACCAGUGACAGUGUUCCCAGCUCAUCAGCCAGAAUUCAGGAACCUCCUGUCAUGAACCCAAUGUCAGCUGUCAAUAUGUUUCAAAAGCAACCAUCAAAAGCCCCUACUCCUGUUCCAGUAGUAAAGGCUGUUCAUGGGGCAACUGUGAAGAAAGCUUUAUCUAAACGUCCUCAGUCCCCUGCCUUGGCAUCACCGAAAGUGCCAGUGCACCCAUCAUCUGCUGCCAAGCUGUUGUCAACCAGACCCAAACUACAUGGGUCUUCAGCAAUGGGUUCACAGUCUCCUUUAAAACCAUUAAUGGGCACCGCAAAGAAACUGGAGUCUCCUGCAUGCAACUUGCCAGCUCCUGCUCCUUCACAGCCUGCCAGCAAAAGCUCUUCAUCUGCAGGAUCAAGAACAGCUCUUGUUCACUCUGAAACGUUACGCAAACGUAUUCGGUCCCCUGAUGCUCCAAAGGUGAGAUUUGCCCUGGCCCAAGGCUCCCCAGCACCAGGGAUGCACUCUGUUGUUUCAUCCUCUAAAAAACAGUUGUCUCAGUUGCCUGCAACAAUUGAAACAAUGGCUUCAAAACAGAAGCAUGUCCCCUCUAAAUGCAAACCUGUACCUGUCACUAAAACCAAAAUUAAUUCUGUUGCUCCGAGGUCAGCCCGGCCACCCGUUACAAAUCUGCGUACUGUUGCCAAAUUUUCACAUUCUCAGCAGCUCCUUGUAAAACCUCCUUCUGAAAAUACUUCUCAGGCUUCAGGAACUGGGUCUCAGAAACCUCAGAAAGCUACGCAAACAGCUUCUAUCCUGGCAAGGAACCUGAAGACUGCUUCAGUCCUAAAGCACUCGGCUUCCGCACCUUCCCUGGCAGUUAGUAAAGUGUCAAAGUCACCACCUGCACUUGUAUCUAAAAGCAAAAAUGUACCAGCAGCUGUCAAUAAGAAACCAGCCACAGAGUGUCUGCAGACCCAAGAUACCAGUAAAACCCCUGAGGUUGUAUCCACUUCAUCCAAACCUCCUGAACGCACUCCCCUAUCUGUUGUACGGCUUCCUCAAACUUCAGCCAAAGUGGCAGUGACCAAAAACCCAGCACAGCCUUCCACAAAAAGUCAGCCUUCAACCAGAAACUUGCAAGUGAAUGGAAUCUUGGUGCCAGCAGCCAAGAAACCUCUCUCUAAAGCAAAAUCAGCAACAGCAUGUAACAAAGGAGUACCUAGUGUAUCAAAAGGUCCGCUUCUGAAGAACAGACAAGAUGAUCACUAUUUUGUUAUGACAGGGAGUAAAAAGCCCAGAAAGUAAUCUUAUUUGUUACCUUCUGGGGAGAUGCUAAUAUUGUUCAAAUGGGGCCUCUUGUAUCUGCUAUGCUGAAGGGAAAAACAGGUUAAAUAACACUACAUGUGCCAUGUCAAACAUUAGGCAUAAUGUAAGUUAUGCAGCAAAAUGUACAGUAAGAGCUGUAUUUAUUUUGCGGUUUAAAAACUUCUACUUAGAUAUGUUUAGAGGUGAGCUUGCUUGCACUGUGGAAUAGAGAAUGUCCCUGUUUGCUGCUAGCCUGACCUGCUGUGGGGAAAGGCAGGAGAGAGGAAGGGAAACUGAAGCUGCUGCUGCUCACUUUCAAGGGAGUGAAGCCUAUUCAAGAAAUGUCUACCUAGGGCACAGCUUGAGCAAUUCUGCUUUUUCAGGCACAUUUGCAUCAAGGCCUGUGAUAAGUGUUAGAGCUGUGCACAUGCUAUAAAAUUUCUAAUACCUCAAACCUAUUGUUUUUUUUUUUUUUAAUUUGUACUGUUUAAGUUCAGCAGUAUUCCAGAACGCAAAUUUGUGUGACCUGCAUGUAUUAGAGAAAGAAAUCUCUAGUCCUGUUCAGUUUGA